UCUUGUCCGCUUGGGCUGUGCAGAUCCUGGGCCAAAAGGCAGAGGAAGGGCAGCUUAGGCGGCAGAGCCUCCCAGAUGGCGGAGUUGGAUCUGAUGGCUCCAGGGCCACUACCUGGGGCCACUGCUCACUCUCUGGCCCCUCUCAGCCCAGACUCGGGGCCGGCCAGCCCGGCAGAAGAAGAGGACGUGGGCUCCCUGGAGAGGCCGGAUGGGGAGGCUGAGGGACAGGACGGCGGCUCCCCGGAGCAGGGGGCUCCUGCAGGCGAGGAGCAGGAGGAGAUCCUGUGCGAUUUCUGCCUCGGGACCAGCAGGGUGAGGGCGGUGAAGUCCUGUCUGACCUGCAUGAUGAAUUACUGUGAAGAGCACCUGCGGCCGCACCAGGAGAACAGCAAACUGCACAGCCACCAGCUGACCGAGCCCGUGCGGGACCGCGACCUGCGCACCUGCCCCACCCACCACAGCCCACUGGUCGCCUUCUGCCGCCAGGAUCGGCAGAGCAUCUGCCAGGAGUGCGGCCAGGAGGAGCACAUGGGCCACACCAAGGUCUCUCUGGAUGCAGCGCGCAGGGACAAGGAGGCUGAACUUCGGUGCACCCAGUUAGACCUGGAGCGGAAGCUCAAGUUGAAUGAAAAUGCCAUCGUCAGGCUCCAAGCCAACCAUAAAUCUGUUCUGGUGUCAGUGUCCGAGGUAAGAGCGGUGGCCGAAGAGCAGUUUGGGGAGCUCCUUGCCGCCGUGAGGAAGGCCCAGGCCGACGUGAUGCUCUUCCUGGAGGAGAAGGAGCAAGCUGCUCUGAGCCAGGCCAACAGCAUCGAGACGCACCUGGAGAAGCGCAGUGCAGAGAUGGAGAAGAGCAGGGAGGAGCUGGAGAGGAUAGCGGCCAUCAGCAACACCGUCCUGUUCCUGGAGGAGUACUGCCAGUUUAAGAACACGGAAGACAGCGACGCCUUCCCCAGUGUUUACAUAGGCCUGAAGGAUAAACUCUCGGGCAUCCGCAAGGUCAUCAUGGACUCCACUGUACACUUAAUCCAGUUGCUGGAGAACUAUAAGGGAAAGCUCCAGGAGUUUGCCAAGGAAGAGGAAUACGACAUCAGAACUCAAGUGUCUGCUGUUCAGCGCAAAUAUCGGACUUGGAAACCUGAGCCCAGCACCAGAGAGCAGUUCCUCCAAUACGCGCAUGACAUCACGUUUGACCCAGACACGGCACACAGGUACCUCCGGCUGCAGGAGGACAACCGCAAGGUCACCAACACCUCGCCCUGGGAGCAUCCCUACCCGGACCUGCCCAGCAGGUUCACGCACUGGCGGCAGGUGCUGUCCCAGCAGAGUCUGUUCCUGCACAGGUACUAUUUCGAGGUAGAGAUCUCGGGGGCGGGCACCUACGUCGGCCUGACCUGCAAAGGCAUCGACCGGAAAGGGGAGGAGCGCAAUGGCUGCAUUUCCGGAAACGACUUCUCCUGGAGCCUGCAGUGGAACGGGAAGGAGUUCACGGCCUGGCACAGUGACACCGAGACCCCGCUUAAAGCCAGCCCUUUCCGGAGGCUCGGGAUCUACGUCGACUUCCCGGGAGGGACCCUUUCCUUCUACGGCGUGGAGUACGAUGCCAUGACUCUGGUUCACAAGUUUGACUGCAAGUUUUCAGAGCCAGUCUAUGCUGCCUUCUGGCUUUCCAAGAAGGAAAACACCAUCCGGAUUGCGGAUCUGGGAGAGGAACCCGAGAAGCCAGCACCAUCCGCCGUGGAGGCUGCUGCCUAGACUCCAGGAUCCAUAUCCCAGACCUCUGCUAACCACAGUGACCAGGCAGCAGCUUGCAUUUUAAGGGAGACUUGGAGGCAGAAGCAUCUGCCAGCGGUAGCUGGCUUUGGAAAUCGUGUGUGUCUGUGAAAAGGGGAAGGUUCUCUGGCUGCUCUUUUUUUGCUUGGUGCAGUGCUGUCCUCUAUAUGUUUGUAGUAAUUGUUAGGUGCCAACGUCUCCCUUAUCAUCUUCUAAUGAUAGUGUCCUGUCAGCUCUCUGUCACACUGUGCCCAGAAAUAAUAACCAGGAAUUUUCAGAGUGGCUGAAAAGAUUGGAGAGUCAUCAGAAUAAAUUACUAACUUAAUUGUGUGUUUCCUACGUGCCAGAUGCUGUUCUGAGUGCUUGCUGCACGUUAACUCACCCAGUCCUCACAGCCGACCCACGGGGUAGAUGCCUCUGCCACCCCCACUUUGCAGAUGGAAAAACCACGUUCCAGGGUGGUCCAGGGUGGUUAGCUAACUUGCUCAAGGUCACUCUGGUCUCACAGUGAGUAAGUGGCAGAGCUGGGAUUCAAAGUUGGGCAGGCUCAUACUGAACUUUUUAUCUACCACACCAUCUUGCCUUCCUCAGGAGAUGAGGGACAUUGUAUGUAAGGGAAUAAACUACAUGGUGAACUACAUGGCGGAGAAAUAGGGCGCCUUAAAUCCGCCUCUUAGAGUAUGCAAAUCCCUGUGCACAUGCCGCGUCUGACUCGGCCAUCCCUCUGGGCAUUGGCCGAGAGCCCACUGCCUCGCACAGCUGUUCAUUCUGUUUUGGGACAGCAAGAUUAGAAGAAAUGUCUUCAACGCAGUGCAAGUUUUAGUCCCUGUGGCCUCUGAGAGGGGUCUGUCUCCUCUCCUCAAGUCACCUGGAUACGUGGACUUGUCUGAUUUCUUAUUCAAAGGACAGUUCUUCAAGUGUUUGAGGACAGCUCUCAGGCCCCUCAGGGAGGUAUUCUUGUUUUCAUGCUACAUUUCCCACUUUGCUUCACGGUCCUUUUCCCCCACUGGUUACUUCAUCCUGCUUUCCACAAAUAAGCUCCCUAAGAUUAACAGUGAACAUUCUUCAAGCCUUGAGGAAAAUGACAAACUGUCUUUAAAUAGGUCUCUGAGGCCAUAACCUGAAGGCCUGGUGCAAUUCACCAAAAGUGGAACUUCUGGGUCUUCUCCUAGAACCUGUUCAAAGGCAAGUCUCUUCUUCAGCUAGUCUGGUGGGCCCAUCUCAAGAGUAUGUGACUUUAGCAUUGCUUGACUUGUUUCCAAAGACUCUGUCCCAUGUUUGUAUCUAAGGAUAUAGACAGUCUGGGAUUUAAAAGGCUUUUUUUUUUUUUUUUACUUUAAUUUCAUCACAUCAUUGCUGCGUGCUGAGAUAGUUUAGGUUCAUGAUUCUGCAACCAGUAUGUUAGAUGUCCUUCCUAGCCUAGUGUCACCUGCAGGACUGGCAACUGUUCUUCAGUCUUAACCUUGUUGAUAAAAAUAUUGAUGAAGGUAGGACCAAAUCCAGAACUUUACAGCACUCAGUCAACAGCUCCUGGGUUUAGUUAUACUCACGCUGGGCAUGGGUAGAACUGUAUGAUAAUGUAGCCCCCACCUUUUGCACCCGUAUCCACUGGACAUGAUGAAAGACUUUUUGAUGGCAGAAAUCAAAAUACACUGUAUCUGAGUUUCUUUGAUCUUACUUGUCUAACAAUGUUUUCGAAAGAGAAAAUGAAGUCAGCUUGGCCUGGCUGUUUUUUUUUUUUGUUUUUUUUUUUUCAGAGACAGGGUCUGGCUC